CUCCGAUUGCACACCCAAGCCCCCGGUUUACUGAGCGGUAGAGUAACACGAAGCCGACGAAGGAAGAGGGCAUACACAACCCUAAUCCAUUCCAUUUUCCUUUCUUUGUUUCUCCUCGAUUUCUGAUCUUUUGGGAGCGCGAAGAUGCCGCAGGUUCGGAUCAUCGCGAAAAACUUCAUGGACCUGGUGGCGGCUUUGCCUGCCAUGAAGCUGGACAAACUGUAUGAGAGCACUUUCAUCUGCGAAGCCGUCCUCAGAUCUCUGCCACCGAUGGCUAAGAGGUAUGUCUUGCAAAUGCUGUAUAUUGAUACCCUAAUAACAGCCAAGUCGAUGGAAGAAUGGUUGCUUCCAGAUGGGCUUUCCAAACACAAAGUGGCUAUUGAUAGGUUGCUUCAGCUGAGGGUUUUCCUUGAAGUUACUGAUAGAAAGAAGGAGACAAGUUACAAGAUAAACCCGAAGUUCCAAAGCAAUAUCCAAAAGUACUUGGUGAGCGGUGGGACUUUACCCAGAGAGCCGAUGCCUUUGAGCAUCACAGUCAGACUGCCAACUUUGGAGGAUCUAGAGACCUAUGCCUCUGAGCAAUGGGAGUGCUUCUUGUUGCAGCUUAUAAAUUCAGCUCAGGCAGAAAAGUUGACGAGCUUCAGUUCUUCUAUGAUUAAGGUUUUCCAGCGAGGCCUUUUGAGUGCCAGGGAAAAUGAACCUCCGAAGUUAACUGAGAAUGGCUUCCAGUUCCUUCUGAUGGAUACAAAUGCCCAACUUUGGUAUAUAAUAAGAGAAUACAUCUCAACUGCUGAGGAUCGUGGAGUUGAUCCCACGGAUCUAAUAUCAUUCCUUCUUGAGCUGAGCUUUCAUACCCUUGGCGAGGCUUACAACUUGAAUACUUUGACUGAUGUUCAACGAAUUGCUAUUAAAGACCUUGCAGAUCUGGGACUAGUCAAACUUCAACAGGGCAGGAAAGAGAGCUGGUUCAUACCUACUAAAUUGGCUACUAAUCUUUCAGCAAGCUUCACAGAUUCGUCAUCAAACAAGGAGGGAUUUGUCGUUGUGGAAACAAACUUCAGAAUGUAUGCAUACUCGACAUCUAAAUUGUACUGUGAGAUUCUACGUCUCUUUUCAAGAAUCGAAUAUCAACUUCCAAACCUCCUUGUUGGAGCUAUUACAAAAGAAAGUUUGUAUAACGCUUUUGAGAAUGGGAUUACAGCUGAUCAGAUUAUUUGUUUUCUUCAGCAAAAUGCACAUCCUCGAGUUGCACAAAAGAUACCUGCAGUUCCAGAAAAUGUUACAGAUCAGAUUAGGCUCUGGGAAACCGAUAAAAAUAGAGUUGAGAUCACUCCUUCAUAUCUAUACGAAGAUUUUCCAUCAAAGGAAGUAUUUGAAGCAGCAUGUGAUUUUGCAAGGGAGCUGGGUGGAUUGUUGUUUGAAGAUUCAAGAACCAUGCGAUUAGUUGUUCGUGUCGAGGUGCACCAAGAGAUGCGAGAUUUUCUGCGUCGCCAGAGAUAAAACAUUGGUGGCUUAAUGAAUCCUAGAAAACUGGGGAAAUGCUCUAAUUAUAAGUGUGUACAGUAAAUGUUGGUGGUCAAUUUUGACAUGCAGAGUCUUUUGUUUGGGUUAGACAUGGUGUGUAGCACAUGUUUUUAGAUUAUUAUACUAAGCUCACUGGUUAGCAAUUGAA